CGUUUAGUAACCUGACACCCAGAAGGGAGCCGGCCUGCCAAGAUGCAGCCUUGAGGACUCGCACAGAGCCGACAAUCUGCCGGAGUGCUCACACCAAGGCAAGCCGAGCAGGAGUCACCGUGCACGGACCGGAGCGCCGCAGAGGAGCCGCCGCACGUCCGAUGUUCGAUGGCUGUCUUUGAGUGUCGCCUUGUAAUGUGAGGAGCAGAUGAUGAAGACUUUUAGCGGCAAAAACAACCAGAACCUUCUUCUCGUUCACGUCAGGAACGUCAAGAAGUUGUUCGCCUGUCUGCCUUGGUGCUUCCCCCUCAGAGCUUACGUCUUCUGCAUGGGGACACUGCUGUUCUUCUGCCUGGCCUCCCUCUUCUACCAGUUCAACGGAGAACCCCCCGGAAUCCUGCUGGACAUCAGACAGUAUAUUGAUAAUUUCCAGCAUGCUACACACGACAGCAAGGCUAUUGAGGCCACAUUAGUAUUUGAGCCCAAGAACUUCAUCCAGUCAGGUCAAUCGACAUACAUGGAUGACCACGGACCUCCGGCUCCCAGAGUGCUUAAGUUCCCCAGCCAGGUGGUGUACAACCGCGUGGGGAAGUGCGGCAGCCGGACAGUGCUCAUCUUGCUGCGGCUGCUGUCUGAGACGCACCAGUUCAACUUGAUCUCGUCCGACAUCCACAACAAAACACGGCUCACCAAAGAUGAGCAGGUGGAGCUCAUGAAGGACAUCAGUAGUAUCUCUCAGCCCUUUGUCUUCACGCGCCAUGUUCACUUCCUCAACUUUUCCAGGUUUAAGAUCGAGGAGCCCGUCUACAUCAAUAUAAUCCGUGACCCCAUCAACCGCUUCCUGUCCAACUACUUCUUCCGGCGCUUCGGGGACUGGAGGGGCGAGCUGAACCACAUCAUUCGCACCCCUGCUAUGAAAGAUGAUGAGAGAUACCUAGACGUAAACGUGUGUAUUCUAGAAAACUACCCAGAGUGCUCUAACCCAAGACUCUUCUACAUUAUCCCCUACUUUUGCGGACAGCAUCCUAAAUGCAGAGAGCCAGGCCGAUGGGCUCUGGAACGGGCCAAACAGAUUGUUAUGGAGAAAUACCUGCUGGUUGGCAUUUUGGAGGAGCUGGAAGAUGUGCUGCUACUCCUGGAGAGGUUUCUACCGCACUAUUUCACUGGUGUGCUCAACAUCUACAAGACUCCUGACCACAAGAAGUUGGGCAACAUGACCGGCACGGUCCGCAAACACACACCCACCGUGGAGGCGCUACAGGUGCUCUACCAUCGCAUGAGAUACGAGUACGACUUCUACUACUUCGUCCGGGAUCAGUUCCACCUCAUGAAGAAUAAGAUUGGCCUCAAAUCUGAGGCCGGACCGCCGGCGUACUCCCCGAAAUUCCUCCGGGAGCUGGCCCGGCGGACACCCCAGCCUCUGGAUGAAGACGAGAAGCUGGACAUGGAUACGGAGGACGCUAACAGCUGGCUUGUCCACCAGGAGCAAACAGUUUGAGGAGGCGUCCUGAGAAGGCAACAGUCAGUUGCAUUUUUAAGUUGCGACUGUCCUGGAUAGCAUCCACAGACUCGCCACUGAUGGGGAAAAGACAAAGUCUUUCUAUUUAAAAGGUCUUGGAAAAUCUACAGGUUUUUCUAAUGAAGUGGGUCUUUUUGGUUCUUUUGCUGAAUUCUCCAGGGGAGAUAAAGCACAGCUACGUUGACCUACAUGUUGGGGAAGUGUGUUCGGGGGAAAAAAAAAAUGCUGAGAAGCCAAACAGCAAACCAUGAACAAAAAAGUACCAAAACGUGUGUGUGUGUGUGUGCGUGUGUAUCAGUGCCGUGUUUAGACAGGAAGGUGUAUUAUUCCACGUUUCCACCAAGCACCACAGUUCAUUGGCACCGAGCAGCAAAAUGUAAACACAUAAUAUCCUCUUGACAUUCAAAGUGAAGUAAAAAAUCUCCCGGAUUGUGAUGUUUUUGCGAGGAUGAUAUAAAAUAUGGUGCAGCUGUUGAAAGCGUAGGACGACUCUAUUGAAAACCAAAAUAAGCUUCGACACAACCUCCCUUUUCCUUGAUAGCUCACCCAAUCACCAGUCAUAUUCACCUCCCAAUUGCUGGAGCUGCCAAGUCUCCUGUCAGCAACAGUGUGCUUUUGUGUAGGCUCCUACCGCGCUGUGCACUGGGCUUGUUUUCGUCCAGUGAAAUACACACGUUGCUCUUAAAGUUCAAGUUAAAGUCCCAACGAUAGUCACACACACACUAGGUGUGGUGAAAUUAUCCUCUGGAUUUGACCCAUCCCCGUGUUCACACCUAGGGAGGUGAGGGGAACAGUGAGCAGCAGCGGAUGACCACGCUCGGGAAUCACUUCGCGAUUCAACCCCCAAUUCCAACCCUUGAUGCUGAGGCAAUGGGUCCCAUUUUUAUAGUCUUUGGUACGACUCGGCCGGGGUUUGAACUAACCACCUUCAAGACUGUAACCACAAGGCCACUGAACAGUUCAAACUCCACAUGUUGAACCCCAAAGUCCGACCCGACUUGAAAUUUCACACCGAAUGCAGUACUGGGAUUUCCCAUGGAACUUUUUCACUUCUGAUACGAUACCGAUAGAGCAGGGGUGUCAAACUCAGAUACAGAGUGGGCCAAAAUUUAAAACUGAACAAAGCCGCGGGCCGAGGUUGAACAAAUUAACCUUUUGAUAGGGACCCAAACAAGUUUUUCAUUGAAUAUUGAACAAGCAAGGCUUAUAUAACUUUAUAGUGACAUGCAAAAUUGAGUUUCAAAUAAUAAUAACAAUAAUAAUUUAAAAAUAUCAAUGGCAUAUCAAAUCAAAUUUAAAUAAAAAUUGAAUGCCUCUUUUGUAUUUGCAGCCUUCUGAGGUAAAUAUCAACAUUAACUUUUUCCAGAGGCUAAUACAUAAAAUAACAAUGAAUAAAUCAACCAUUCAGGCCUUUUUACUGCUCAGUUAAUGUCGGGGCUCAGGUGGGCGGGGUUAGGGGGGUUUGUUGGCAGCUUGGAGGGGAGGUGUAUAUUGUAGUGGUCCGGAAGAGUUAGUGCUGCAAGGGAUUCUGGGUAUUGGUUCUGUUGUGUUUUUGUUGUGUUACGGUGCGGAUGUUCUCCCGAAAUGUGAUGGUCAUUCUUGUUUGGUGUGGGUUCACAGUGUGGCGCAUAUUUGUAACAGUGUUAAAGUUGUUUUUAUGGCCACCCUCAGUGUGACCUGUAUGCUGUUGAUCAAGUAUGCCUUGCAUUUACUUAUAUGUGUGUAGAAGCCACAUAUAUCACGUGACUGGGCCGGCACGCUGUUUGUGAGGAGGAAAAACAGACUUGACGACAGGUUGUAGGGAACGCUAAAGGCAGUGCCUUUAAGGCACACUUCCAAUAUUGUUGUCUGGGUGGAAUUCGGGAGAAUGAUUGCACCGGGAGAUUUUCGGGAGGGGCACUGAAAUUCGAAAGUCUCCCGGGAAAUCGGUGAAUGCGGUGUUACAGCGGUACCGCUGUAUAGCACCGGCGGGCCAGCUCUAAUGAUAAUUUGAUAUUGCCUCAAGGGCCAGAUGAAAUGACACGGCGGGCCUUAUUUGGCCCGCGGGCCAGAGUUUGACACCUAUGCGAUAGAGUAUCAAUCAAUCAAUCAAUCAAUCAAUCAAUGUUUAUUCAUAUAGCCCUAAAUCACAAGUAUCUCAAAGGGCUGCACAAGCCACAAUGACACCCUCGGUACAGACCCCACAUGAGGGCAAGGAAAAACUCACCCCAGGGGGACGUCGAUGACAGUGACUAUGAGAAACCUUGGAGAGAACCGCAUAUGUGGGGAACCCUUCCCCUCUAGGGCAGACCGGAUGCAAUGGACGUAGAGUGGGUGUAGCAUAAUAUUGUGAAAGUCCAGUCUGUAGUGGAUCUUACAUAAUAGUGAGAGUCCAGUCCAUAGUGGAUCUAAUAAUAGUGAGAGUCCAGUCCAUAGUGGGGCCAGCAGGAGACCAUCCCGAGCAGAGACAGGUCAACAGCGCAGAGAUGUCCCCAACCAAUGCAUAGGCGAGCUGUCCAUCCCAGGUCCCCGACUCUGGACAGCCAGCACUUCACCCAUGGCCACCGGACCUGUGCCCCCCUCCCUCGAGUAUUAGCAGAUACGAUAUCAGCAGUAGAGUGCAAUGUUAAAAAAGGCUAGUAAAUAUGGUGGAAGAAUAAUAUCAUGACAGUGUCCUGCUUUUAAAUUGGAUCGCUAAUUUGUUUUUGGCGACACCUAGUGGCCACAGUAAAUCAUCAAAUAAGCUCAUUACGCAGCCAGGUGAAUGAUUCAGACAUGCUUGUGACUGGAUACUUUCUAAUACGCCAAGGAGCCAUAUGCAACUAUAACUAUUGGAUACUUGUUUUUAUUGACUGGUGUUGUGUUCAAGACUGCAAUGUUGUUCAAUUAAGGAUAUUUAUUAGGUAUGUCUAGCUUGCGUGCUAUUGUUUGCUCGGCUGUCGUGUAGCUGCUAGCUCCCCGUAUCAAUCAAUCAAUGUUUAUUUAUAGAGCCCUAAAUCACAAGAGUCUCAAAGGGCUGCACAAGCCACAACGACAUCCUCGGUUCAGAUCCCACAUCCUAGUAGCCUAUAGCCUACUAUGUGUACUGAGGAAAGAUCAAAUAUGGGUGCUUAUUGAAGGAUAUUUAGGUGUUUGCUGUCGAGCUUUGCACAUGGAAACACGCCGCAGGACUGCUUGUAUCGGACAUUUCAGAUGCAAGCCGAUAGCAGACCGAUAUUUGAUAUCAAUAUCAGCCCGGGACACCCCAACUCGGUACUUGGAAAGUAUUUUGAGUGCCACUCAUGUGGAACCACGACAACAAACCUUUCUUUGUUCACCCUGAUUUGUGGAGUCCAUUGGUGGAAACACAAGGCAGACCAGACGUGAUUGGCCAAAGCGAACUGGACCACUUGGUGGAAACGUGGCUGGAGUGAAAUGCAUUCUGUGGCAAAAGGUAUACAUGAGGGUUAAACCGUAUGCACUCGUUAUGAAUUCAAAGAAUUCCAGUCAAGUGUGCGCGUGUGACUUGGGUUUGACACCGCAGUUUUUGAGCAGUUUGGCACCGUUUUGUUUACAUUUAGUUUGUUGGGACUUGAGCGUGGCCAGGUGCUUGGAAAAAAAACGAGACAACUAUUGUUUAUUCCUGGUAAGGCAUCAAUCAGGCAGGAGCUGAGGUCACAAGUCAAAUCAAUAGCUGUUCCGUACCAGUCAAAAGUUGUAUGCGUUCUUUAGACUUACAAUGAGAGUAUUUCCUCAAAUAGUGGCCCCAAAAUACCAGGCAUUUAUUAAAAAGGCCCUUAUUUCAAUAUUUUGGUCAUUUUAUGACUUGGUACUUAAAAAUAAAUAGUGUUGUAUUGUCAUGAAAUUAAUGAAAAUAUAAAAGAGCACUACAACACAUGAAGAAGGCAAAGCGUUUGUUGUUGAGGAAAUAAUAACACAAUAUUUAUUUAUUUAUUUACUGUUCUCAUACUGUUAAAAGAGACGUCUUCGUAAAAACGUACGGAUGGAUUUUUGCCAAAUUAUUUUAGUAAGUAUUGAUGAAUAUAAACACAAUCAAAAAGAAAAUUGAAUAUUAUAAUUAGAUUUUUAACAAAGAUCGGAGAAAAAUAGCCUUGUGGCGGUAUAGUGCUACUGAUUUUUUUUUUUAUUAUUCAAUGUAGCCACGCAGCGUUUAAUUGAAGCAGAAGGCCAAUAUUUGAGGAAAUGUAUUUAUUACUAUUGAUUUGAACAAAUAUUGGAAGUAAGGUAGCUAAGGUCAAAGGUGAAGGUACAUGUUCUGUGUCAGCACUCUGCCAGGCGCAGUUUUCUGGUGGCGUUCUUUCAACCGAUCUGCAACUGUUUAUGGUCACAUUUUGCUAUUUAUAUCUGUCAGUUAGCUUGGGUCAAAGGUCAAAUACGUGAGCCAGCCACAAUUUGAACCUUGUGGCAGCUUGGGUCAAAGGUCAGUCAGAUCACUUGGUACAUUUACUUUUUCUGUGUUCUUGGUUGGGUGGAUUUCUCUUUUGUCCACCCUGCUAAUCGGCAAUGGCUUUACAAUUGUUUUCUUUUGUUUGUUUUUUGUUUUUUUAAUGUGUCUUUACUUUAAGUCUGAGCUCAAUGUACUUCCUACUUUGUGUUUUUGCAGCUGCUGAAGCCAGUGUACAAAAAUACCACAUGACACAUUAACAUAUUCCGCCCUAGCUUUGUACCCUUCCAACGUACGUGCUUUUAUUUCCUGCUAUGUGUCUUAUAAUUUAUUAUUUUCUAUUCAUUUUGCAUUCCAGAUCAAAUUCUCAGGAAGGAAACAAAAAAAAAACUGUUCAUGUAAUAAAUCUAUCAGUUUCCAACUUGGCGGCUAAUAAAAAAUAUAUAUAUAUACAUAUAUACAUACACGGACAUGUAUGGUAAAUGGUAAAUGGGUUGUACUUGUAUAGCUCGUUUCUACCGUCAAGGUACUCAAAGCGCUUUGACACUACUUCCAAAUUCACCCAUUCACACACAUUCACACACUGAUGGAGGGAGCUGCCAUGCAAGGCGCUAACCAGCACCCAUCAGGAGCAAGGGUGAAGUGUCUUGCUCAGGACAUAACGGACGGGACGAGGUUGGUACUAGGUGGGGAUUGAACCAGGAACCCUCGGGUUCUGCACGGCCACUCUCCCAAAAAGCGCCACGCCGUCCCUUGCCGUCCGUAUGUGUAUGUAUAUAUAUAUAUAUAUAUAUAUAUACAUACAUACAUAGAGACGUGUGUAUAUAUGUGUGUAUAUAUACAUCUACAUGUAUAUGUGUAUGUAUGUGUAUAUUUAUGCGUGUGUGUAUAUAUGUAGAUGUGUGUGUAUUUAUAUAUAUAUACAUAUGUAAACAUAUAUACACGUACACACAUACAUAUAUAUGUAUGUAUAUAUAUGUGUGUGUGUGUGUGUAUAUAUAUAUAUUUAUAUAUAUAUAUGCGUGUGUGUAUAUAUGUAGAUGUGUGUGUAUUUAUAUAUAUAUUUACACAUAUAUACACGUACAAACAUACAUAUAUAUGUAUAUAUAUAUAUGUCUGUGUGUGUAUUUAUAUAUAUAUAUACAUAUAUACACGUACACACAUACAUAUAUAUGUAUAUAUAUAUGUGUCUGUGUAUAUAUACUGUAUAUAUACGUACACACACAUGUAUAUGUAUAUAUCUGUGUGUGUGUAUAUAUAUGUAUAUAUAUAUGCGUGUGUGUGUGUGUAUAUAUAUAUAUAUAUGUAUGUGUGUGUUUAUAUAUAUAUAUAUAUAUAUAUAUAUGUGUGUGUGUGUAUAUAUAUAUAUAUGUAUGUGUGUGUGUGUUUAUAUAUAUAUAUAUUGUGUGUGUGUGUGUGUGUGUGUGUAUACAUAUAUAUUUCUGGCAUUCUACAGGUGAAGAUUUACUCUAUGCAUCAUUCUCUACAUUCUUCCAAAAUAAACUUGCUCAGAAAAUUAGA